GGGAGCAUGACUAUUUCAGUGGCAUGUGGUUCAGCCAACUGCCAUUUUAGUACUAUAGUCCCUCACUGUCCCUGUCUUUUGCUUUUAAGCCUUGAUUUUCGUGAGCUACAGGUCAUCCAUACCUCCUGGACCUCAUGGCCUCAGCUUGGCCUGAAGAGGAGAGCUUUGCCUGCUCCGUAUGUCUGGAGACCCUGAAGAACCCUGCCACUCUAACAUGUGGACACUCUUACUGCUUGGAUUGUAUCGAAAACCACUGGGACAAGGAAGAAGGCAAAGGUCAGUACAGCUGCCCUCAGUGUCGGCAGCUCUUCACUCCUCGGCCUUGUAUGGCCAAGAACACUCUGCUGGCCCAGGCCAUGGAGAAGCUAAGAACAAACAGCUUGAAGCAACGCUCCUUGGUGGGCGUCUAUUCAGCUCAGCCGGCGACUCCCGUCUACUUGGAACUCGUGUCCGACGUUGGGCCGAGGAAGGGGAGCGUUUACCCCAACCUGCCCACGGCGGACCACAGACCCUGCCCUCAACACAACCAGCCGCUGGAUCUGUUUUGCCACGAAGACAAGGAGUGUGUGUGCGUGAUGUGUUGCCAACAUGGACACACGGGACAUCGUGUGGUUAGACCCCAAGAAGAAAGAAGAGAGAGACAGAAAGAGCUCCUUGAUAUGCAGAAAGAGGUACACACGAGAAUCCAGGAGACCGAGAGGAAGAUCAUGGAGGUCCCGCAUACUUCUCGUCAACAAAAGGCCUUGCUGCAGGCCCUUCAAAGGGAGAGCUCCGAUUUGUUUCCCGAUCUGGUUAAGACCCUGAACUUCACGGGGGCACAGGUUGGCGAGCUGCUUGGUGCUCAUGAGACGGUCUUCAGCGAGCGCGUUGAGGGACAGGUCAAGUGCAUGGAGCGUGAUUUGGCGGAGCUCCAUCAAAAGAGAGAUGACCUAAGCAGGCUGGCGAACAUGCAGGAUGACAUCUGCUUCCUGAAGAACUUCCUCCUCAUGGAGCCGUUGGGGCAGACCGGUGCCCCAGGACAGCCUGGGAUUGGUCAGGAGGAAGCUGUGGUGGCCUCCGUACGAUUGGUCAUUAAAGAGCUGCAAGAAUCGGUGAAAAACCUCUGCCAGGACACUUUGGCCAAGAUUGUCAAAAUAGUGAGUCAUGAACCGGUGGCUUCGACACCCAACGGUGAGGCAGCAGCAACAAGCACGGUACCCACUGAUCAUUCUGGUCCGGCCACUACUCAGGAUUCAGUCUAUGAAGAAAUAGACAUUUCUCCACCCUUGCCACCCGUACGACCUCCCACACGUGAGCCUUCAAGGUUCGGAGGUUCUAUGAGCCAUCGAGCCUCAGUACCCCCUCCUCCCCUCCCACUUCCUCGAGCAUCUGGGACAUCAAUUAGACUUGUGAAUCCGGAGCCAAAAACAAGGAUGGAUAUGUUAAAAUUCCGCUUUGAACCUACCAUGGACCCCAACACGGUGUACCGCCACAUGAAGCUGUCGGAGGACUGUCGUAAGGUGACGAUGCGCGCCGAGACCCUCAAUCCACCGGACCACCCUGACCGCUUCUUCUUCUGGAGGCAAGUUUUCUGCCAGGAGCCCCUGGCAGGGAGCCCUUACUACUGGGAGGUGGAGUGGACUGGCCAGAAGAUCACCGUUGGCGUUGCCUACAAGGAGAUGGAGCGUAAAAGCUCUGACAACAAAAGCCGUCUGGGUCACAACGCUCAUUCCUGGAGCCUAUACUGGUCCGGCACCGGCUUCUCCUUCUGGCACGACAACCAGGAAAAACUGCUGGGCUCACCCAAGGCCAAGAGGAUCGGCGUCUACCUGGACCAGCAUGCGGGGAUCCUGAACUUCUACAACAUCGCCAACAAACAGGCUCACCUCAUCCAUCACCACGAGGCGCAGUUCAACGGGCCGGUGUACGCCGGGUUCAGGCUGGGGGCAGGAGUAGGGGACUCGCUGACUAUCUGUGAACUGGGUUGAGUUCAGCAUUAUGAUUGGUCGUUGUUUUGGGACGAUGCCUUCCUGUUUAGGUGGAAUAAUGCAAAACUAAAAUUUAAACCUUUGCAAUGUCUUUGGCUCCAACGUUCAUGGAAAACGACAUAUGUGAUUUGUUGACUGUUAUUUGUGCUAGAACACUUAUUAAAUUUUAAAGUAAUAAAAUCAUCUUAAUUUAAACAUUUCUUGGUUUC